CCUUGGUUCGCUUCCGGGGACGGUUUCCCCUCCAAUCGGCUUCUCCGGACGGCCCCUGGUCAGCUUGUCGGUUGCUCCCGUUGCCGCUGGGCCAGGCUGAGGAGACGCGCGCGGUUAAUUCAGAGACAUGUCUGGUAGUUUUUAUUUUGUUAUAGUUGGUCAUCAUGACAACCCUGUAUUUGAAAUGGAGUUUCUUCCAGCAGGCAAAAUGGAGCCCAAAGAUGAUCACCGACACUUGAACCAGUUCAUAGCUCAUGCUGCUCUUGAUUUAGUGGAUGAGAACAUGUGGUUAUCCAAUAAUAUGUACCUGAAGACUGUUGAUAAGUUCAAUGAAUGGUUUGUUUCUGCAUUUGUUACGGCUGGACAUAUCCUUUUUGUAUCAAGUAAGUCAAAGUCACGGGCUAAUUCACUACACGCUGGAUCUACAUACCUGUUUGACUCUUUCACACCUUCCUUCCCUGACCAUUGAUCAACUAUAAAGUUUUUAAGGCAUGUGACUGGCUCCUGGAACAAAGUGUCCACGUAACUCUCCACCUCCCUGACUUCCUGCAAUGUCUGCAAUCGGACUCCAACUCAGCAGCUCUGGGCAGAAGUUGCUCAAGCUGCAGAUCCUUACCACAGAUACGGUUGACCAGAACUGCAAUGCAUUCCACAAAUUCCCACAUGUUGUAGCCAUGUGACACCGCCAUCCCUCCCUCCAUAUCUGUCAAACCUUAUUUAUUGAUUACUUAAUUAGUUACUAAUUUAGUUAGCUAAAGUAAUAGCAAGUUAGUUUCCUGGCUUGAAGACCAAAGUAUUGUAACUGGUUUGUGUUAUCACAAAAACUAGAAAUACAAGUACUUGCUGAAAAUAUAUAAUGGAAGCAUUUGUUCCGCUGCAAUUAAUUUUUCUUUUAAGCUU